AUGGUCACCGGCCGGAUGCUCCUCGUCGGCGCCGCCUGCUGGGCGCUAGUCGCACUGGGGAGCUGUGAGGACCUGAAAGAGGCCCGCUCUCUUGAGGACGCCGCCAAGACGCAGCAGGAGAAAGAGCUGAUUGAAGCUCUACAAGAAGUUCUGGAGAAGUUAAAGAGCAAGCAGCUGCCGUCCUCAGAGAAGAAGCUGGGCUGGGUUCCCACUUGUGAUGCAGAUGAGCAGUGUGCAGUCCGUAAAGGCUCCAGGUUCGGGAAGCUGUGCUCCUGUCCCAGAGGAACAGCCUGUAACUUCGCCGUCCUCAGAUGCCUGUAG